AUGGAAGAACUGCCAGUGAUACUAAAUCAUCUAAAAUCUACUGUAGAAUGUUUGUCUAUGUCCGCUCAAACCAAUACAUGGGAAGUAUGCGGUGGCUUAGAUCGACUACAUUCAAUUAUGAUGAAUAUUUUUAGCCAUGGAUGUUUAACCAUAAAUUCAAAUGCAGAAGAUGGUAUUUGGAAUUUCAUUCAAGGAAUCAAUUGGUUGCACCCAACAAUAGCAUCAUUAUGCACAUUCUCAAGAAAUACAUGCCCUAAAAAUGAACAUUUGAAUAAAUCAUCAUUAUGGAUUUAUAAAAGUCUUGAAAACCAUUCACUGUCGGAAAAACUUGGAUUGCUAUUGUCUGACAAAGAUCAUCUGUAUAAAUUUUAUAAGCCAGAAGCUUUUUUAUGUCAAAAGGAGUAUAGCGAUGCUGCAUUAUUAUGUCUAAGAGUUGUUGAACUGAAUCAACCGUCUUUAUUACUGGAAAUCAAUCCCAAAUUAUUCUUAAAUUAUUCAUCUAAAAGUGAACAUUGUACUACCUUGCCAAAAUCAUUAUAUAAGCAAACAUAUAGUAAAUAUUUCAAACAAUUGGGUUCAUUGACCAAUCUCUUGAAGUAUAAAUCAUCUGACAACAUCAAUGAACAUAAUAUGAACACUGGACAUCAUAAUGACCUACCUAAGCAUAAAAUUAAACACUUGUGUAAAAGACAAUGCUAUAAAAGUUGGCCAAAUAUUUAUUAUAAGACAUUUGAUCAAUCGAAACUCAGGCGGUCAUUAAGUUUUGACACAAUACAAAAAUCUGACUACUCAUUAGAAUGUACCCACCAGGCUACAACAAUAGAAAAUGCAGCUCAGGUUUUGCUACCAAAGUUAUUGGAUGUCAAUUAUGAACAGCUUCUACAUGAUAACGAUGAUUCAAACAAACAUCAGUUAUUGAGUAGUGAUUUGCCAAAACGAAAUAAACGAAGGUCAAAGUUAUUUACACUCCCAUUGAAAAUAUUAGAAGAAUCUGACGAUGACACUCGAAGCAAUAUUUCUGACGGAUCCAGAACUUUGAUACCUUAUGAUGAAUUUCCACCUUCGAAGUAUGUAGGGACAUUCGGAUUAGUAUCUUCAUAUUUUCCCGAUCAAGAUUUGUUCAAGUUCUUAUCUUCUGGACAGUUUCUUCAAGCCAAUGCUGAACUCGACCGUGAAAAUGCUCAUUUCAAAAUUUCCGAAGCAAUCAUUGGCACUAUUGAACAAAUCAAAUGCAAUCAAAAAUUGAAAUUCACAGACGAAGUGAUCUACGAGAGCGACGAAGAGAUAAACCGGUUAAAACAAAGAAUCCGUUGUCGGCGCAAACAAAAGCUGCAGAACGAACAGACGCCGAUGGCUGGCACAUCGUCUUCCGAUUGCUUGACCGAAUCCACGAUGAGUUCUCUGACGUCUUCUUACUGCUCAACCACAUCCAGUAUGUCCACCACGGAUGAUAUGGACGAGUUCGAUUUGGACGAUGACAGCAUCUGUUCGUCGAUGUUCUCUGUGUGCAGUUCGUCGGCAGGCUCGUUGUCGUACUCAAACGCAGACCGGACGCGAUCAGCAAGCGUGUGUUCGACGGUCACUGCAGAAAGUGUCGCACGGUCAUUGAUCCGCCAGAUCAGCCACAAGAACAACUGGCCCGUCGACGUCAACGUCCAGUGGCUAAUAUCUGAAAAAGAUGCCCCGCAACAGAUUUUACCUUUACCGUCGAGCUGGCCUGUCAACCCACAUGAUCACGCCGAUGAUCGUCUGGAGGCUUCGUCUCGGUUGCGAGGCACUAGUGAUUGGGCGCCACCACGACCGCAAAUUAUAUUCACUAGUCAUCCUUCACCAAUUAGGAAGAACUUAAUGGAACUACAAGGUUAUAGAUGUGCGGGCUGUAGCAUGAAAGUGGCAGUGAAGUACGCUUCGAAAUUCCGUUAUUGCUUUUACUUGGGUCGGUAUUUUUGCACAGGGUGUCAUGUAGAUAAAACCGCCAUCAUACCUGGUCGGAUAAUCGGAAAAUGGGACUUUUCGAAGUAUCCGGUGUCGUGUUUCUCAUUCACUCUGCUGGAGAAAAUGCUAUUCGACCCGCUGUUUAAUAUAACCGACUUGAAUAGCGUUCUAUACAAACGUGCCCGAGGCCUAGACAAAGUUCGAACAUAUCGGAUGCAAUUGUAUUACAUCAAAGAUUUCAUUUUUUUAUGCAGAUACGCCGACCGAUUAAAAGAGACAUUGGAAAACAUGGACGCCCAUAUAAUACUUAAGCCGGACUUGUAUUCCAUCCAAAAUUUGGUGGAUGUUAAAAACGGAGAACUCGGUAAAAAACUACAAAACCUAAUCGUUGUCUGUAAUAAGCACAUUAUCAAUUGUCAGUUGUGCCAAGCAAGAGGGUUUGUUUGUGAAAUAUGCAACAAGAAUAAAAUACUAUUUCCUUGGGACUUCAGAUUGGUCACGAGAUGUGUGGACUGUGGGUCAUGUUAUCACAAGAAGUGUUACGAUUCGAGAAAAGUGCCGAUGUGCCCUCGGUGCCCUCGGAUUAUGGCUAUGUUUAAAAGAACAGAUAGUCAAAAUGAUCAGAGUACUGUUGUACAGUCUUGA